GAGCGAAAACAAGCGCUUGACAUUUGGACACCGCCAUGAAGCUAACUCUGCGACGCUACUCCUGGGUGCUCCUGUUCCAGUUCGCCCUGUUGGGCGUGGACCUCUUUUGCAACGCGUUUGGUCCUUCGCUGGCCAGAAACCGAUUGCAGACAGCCAUCAUUCUCUUUGUCACCCAGGAUGCCCUGAUCAUCGCGGAGUACCUGCUGUUCACCCUCGCGCUGCACUCAACGUGUGUGUACCAGGUCGGUGCCUCACACAUAAUCCUGCGGAACUGCAAGCUCUUCAUGGCCAGCAUUACCAUCUACUUCCUGCUGUCCGCCUCCCAGCACUUCUGGAUCAUCUACCAAUACCGUCAGCCUCCAGAAGAGGAUGGCCCCCAUUGGCCAUUGGGUCUGAUUGCCCUAUCAGUGGGACAGCGCAUCAUGUCGGUUUUCUAUUACUACAGCUCCAAGUCGACGGCUCUGACCAUGGCAGAUCCUCGCUUCAAGGAGGAACAUCUGGACUGGAUCGCAGAUCAGCUGGGCGACAAGUAAGGCGCCUGUUAAGUGGACAUUUCGAUGAGUGAGUCAGGAUAAGAAGUGUACUGUACAUAGAGUUAUGAUAUAGAUAUUUUAUGAAGAUAUCCAUGUCUCGUUAGUCGGGCGAUUUAAAAGAAAUAUAUGUAGAUAGCACAUAAAUCAAACCCACAGAGUAUAGAUGUAUAUAACAUUUAUGACUCACGAUUAUUGUUUAGCAUUAGC